AUGAUCAAAGGCUCAGCAUUGAGUGAAAGCAUUAAUGGAGACAGUUUAUUUUGUGAAGAUGAGUUUUGAUAUGAAGCUGAUGAAAUUCUUGGAUUAGAUUCGGAUGUGCAUGAAGAGACAGAUGCUGAAAAUGGAAGGAGAGAGCAGGAAAGCCAAAAACGCCAACAGAAAGCCAAAAGUAAAGCCUACAAAAAAGAUCGAGUGAAAGGAAGAAAAAAUGGCAAAGAAAAGUACGAAAGAAAUACCUUUUACCCCAACGAUUUGGGGAAUUGGAAAGAGGCUAGAAGAGAAUGGUAA